AUGCUACAGGAAGAUGGUGUUAAUUUGCUUACUAUUAUUAAAGGAACUAGCAAAUACCGUCGCACAAGGAGGUUUGAUUAUGUCUCGAACUAUGUGCCACCUAGCAUUUCGGAAUUCAAUCGUGCAUUUGAAGAAGUAGUUGGAUAUGAUUCCUUUGGGAAAGUUAAUGAUUGGAAUCUUAGGUUGGUCUUGGUUGAUAUCUCCCAUCUUAAGGUGAUUCUAAAACUGUUGCGCAUUGCCUCUGGUUCUGCUAUGUACUCAACUCUGGAGGACGGAAAGAUUGUGAAAGGUCUUGGUGGGGUUCCAAAUGAAGGUCCUGUCUUAUUGGUUGGCUACCACAUGUUGAUGGGACUUGAACUUUAUUCCCUUGUUGAAGAAUUCUUAAGAGAGAAGAAUAUUGUGGUUCGUGGUACAGCGCAUCCGAUGCUAUUUACAGGGGAGCGAAAUGUUUCAUCUACAGAAUUUUCUUUAUCUGAUUGGAUGAAAGUAAUGGGAGCAGUACCUGUCACAGCAAACAAUGUUUACAAAUUGCUGUCCACAAAAUCACACGUGCUUCUUUAUCCUGGAGGUGCACGCGAGGCCCUUCAUUACAAGAUGAGAGCGCCACUAGCACCUCCAAUUUCGUACUUGACAAAUUCUCAUGAACUUUCUCCUGUUGUCGCGACUUAUUUUUUGAGAUUUGAUCACUCCAGUGGCUUCCAUGUUAGGAACUUGCAAAUGUUGUGGUUUGUAACAGUGAUGAGAGCGCAGGCUCCUGAUCUUGGCAGUGAGGUAUCUGUUGUUGUCGAGGGUGAAGAAUAUAAGCUAUUUUGGCCUAAACAACAAGAAUUUGUAAGAAUGGCGGCCAGGUUUGGAGCCAAAAUUGUACCGUUUGGGGCUGUUGGAGAAGAUGAUAUAGUAGAGUUGGUUCUUGAUUACAAUGACUUGAUGAGAAUUCCAGUGGUUAAUGAUUACAUCAGAGAUGCUACUCGUAAUUCCAUAAAAAUAAGAGACGAGAGUCAAGGGGAGGUCGGCAACCAACAACUAUUUAUCCCAGGUCUUUUGCCAAAGGUACCCGGCCGCUUGUAUUUUCUGUUUGGAAAGCCUAUAGAAACAAAGGGAAAGGAAGAGAUCACAGAGGUGGGAGAAGCAGCACCAGUAGCAGAACUAGAAUCUUUCUUUUGGAUGCUUUUACUAGCAGAGUGCCUAAUGCCGAACUGCAGAUGUUUUGUUCCAGGUGACGAACUAGAUCAGAGGUGGGAGAAGCAGCACCAGUAG